CCAACCUCACCCCGCCCUGCCCCACCCCCCGCUCCUCUCGGAUUUCCUGAGCUGCGGGCUGCAAAGGGAGGAGAAGCAGCUUCUUGCAACCCCCUCGGCUGGGCCCCGGGGUAAUUCGAUGCGGGCCUGGCGUGGCUCCCCACGUUAGACCCGGGCUCGCGUCUCGGCAGCCUCCACCCACCGGCCCACCCUACAUUUAGCGCAUCAUGUGAUCCGGGAUCAAUGUGACUCUAGAAACAAAUGGAUGAAUGAAUAAUAUCCAUAUGAAGAGGAAAACCAUAAAGAAUCUCAGCACCCUUGAGAACAGAAUGCUAAUGCUUGAUGGAAUGCCUGCAGUCAGAGUCAAAACCGAGCUUGUGGAAUCUGAACAAGGGAACAGAUCGAGUCCAUUCCCCACUGCCUGCAAAGGAGACACAAGGAGAAGGAAGUCUCCAAACGUCCACAACUACCCCGAUAUGGAAGCUGUCCCCCUCUUGCUAAAUAAUGUGAAAGGGGAGCCCCCAGAGGACUCACUGCCUGUAGAUCACUUCCAGACACAAACUGAGCCAGUGGACUUGUCAAUCAACAAAGCCAGGACCUCCCCUACUGCAGCGUCAUCCUCCCCUGUCUCCAUGACAGCGUCCGCCUCCUCACCUUCUUCAACUUCAACCUCUUCAUCCUCUUCUAGUCGUCCAGCCUCAUCCCCCACUGUUAUAACAUCAGUAUCUUCAGCAUCGUCUUCGUCAACAGUGUUAUCUCCAGGACCCCUUGUUGCCUCUGCCUCUGGCGUGGGUGGCCAGCAGUUCUUGCACAUCAUCCAUCCCGUCCCACCUUCCAGUCCCAUGAACUUACAGUCUAACAAACUCAGUCAUGUUCAUCGAAUCCCUGUGGUGGUACAGUCAGUGCCGGUUGUCUACACAGCUGUACGGUCACCUGGAAAUGUGAACAACACUAUUGUUGUGCCACUCCUUGAGGAUGGGAGGAACCAUGGCAAAGCACAAAUGGAGCCCCGAGGCCUAUCUCCCAGACAGAGUAAAAGUGACAGUGAUGAUGAUGACCUGCCAAAUGUGACCUUAGAUAGCGUUAAUGAAACUGGAUCCACGGCCCUUUCCAUAGCCAGAGCAGUCCAAGAGGUACAUCCAUCCCCAGUGUCCAGGGUCCGAGGAAAUCGAAUGAACAACCAGAAGUUUGCUUGUUCAAUCUCACCAUUUAGCAUUGAGAGCACAAGACGCCAGAGACGAUCAGAAUCCCCGGACUCCAGGAAGCGGCGCAUCCACAGAUGUGACUUCGAAGGGUGCAACAAAGUAUACACAAAAAGUUCUCAUCUGAAGGCACACCGGAGAACACACACAGGAGAGAAGCCCUACAAAUGCACAUGGGAAGGCUGCACCUGGAAGUUUGCCCGUUCAGAUGAACUGACCAGGCAUUACCGCAAACACACGGGAGUGAAGCCAUUCAAGUGCGCGGACUGUGACCGCAGCUUCUCGAGGUCAGACCACCUGGCACUGCACCGUAGGAGGCACAUGCUGGUGUGAGGAAGGCGCCAGUCCAGCUACGUGCAAGAGCUGGGUCUCUUCAGGAGCAUCUAACUCAGCAGGGCUGAGCUCCCUCUACAGUGUUAACGUCAAGGGCACCGCCAUUCCCACGGUGCCUGAAACCAGAGCAGGAACAAGAAGGAACCCUUCUCCCUUCGGCCUGAAGGUAACCCCCCAUCAUGACCACACGCGUGAGAGAGCCGUCUGCGUUCACGCUGGCCUGGGAGUUCAGCGCCUCAGGUCCUGAAGAGACAGGAAUUGUUUUCCAUGCUAUGUCCUCUGCCAUUGAAAAGAUGUUUGUAGCUUGUACAUUUUCUGAGCUGGCAGACACUCUGCUAUCAGUCCCUUAAAGGUCAUCUACCGCAAAUUGAUGGUUAGAGGAGACCUUCUCAGUUGGGAAUAUUCUUCUCUUCCACCCCACCCCGACCCUAACCCCUUUUGACAACAAUUUCAGUUCCUAUCUCAGUAAGCUAGAACACACACCCAGUCUGUUACCAGCAAACGGCAUGAACUAGAAAGGAAGGGGCUACUGGAGGCACUAUGUUACCCGAAAAGAAAGGCACACAGAAGUAGCCCUCUGUGCUAGAGGUGGCGGACCUAGAUAGCGCUCAUACCUUGUCCUCAUGCCAUCCCCAAAAAGAACCAACAUUGAGUCUUUUCAUUUGUUUGUUGUUGCUUGUUUCUGUUCUGUUUCUGUUUUGUGCAUCUGUUCCAACAGAGGGGCAGAGCAGUUUCUCAAAGACUAGCCCUGCCCCGCCCUGGCGUGGACUGACAGGGUGUUCCGUAGUUGAAUAGGAAGAGCCUGUCUAAAGUAAUAACAAUAAUAAUAAUAACUACUGCCCCACUUCGAAUUGCAGUGUUCUGUCACCUAGGCACCAUCUCCUCCUGCCCUUAGUGUUUGAUUACAAAGAAUCGAGGAGAGGGGGGCUUUCUUAGACACACUGGCACCAAGGUAAGAGGUGGAGCUGCCCAGGCAAAGUCACUGAACGUGAAAACGAGACAAAGCAGAGAUGGAAAUAAUGCUCCUCUUGAGGAGAAAAGCAAUAAUGAACAGAAGGACUUUCCUACAAUAACUCCACUGAGGACUCACGUUACCGAUUUUCAUACUUACUAAAGGGACUGUAAAAAACACCCCAGCAUUUCAGAUGUCUUAGUUACAGCCACAGCACGGAGGUAAUCUUUCCACUGUCUGUUGUCCUACUUGCUUAAGUACCACAAUUAAAGAUUACGAUCCCCACUUCUUGGUUGGAAACAGUUACUUGGUGACUAGAGAGGCACGGGAGGCAGAGCUGCGGAUGAACUCUUCAGCCCGUGGGUCUGUUCUGCUCGGGCCUGAGUUCGUGGAAAGAGUGUCCCCAUGGAAAGCCUGCCCUGGUGCUACUUCUCCAACCUGGAGAGCCAAGAGUCUGACUCUACGCGGUUCACUUUUUAAACUGUCCCAGAAUCCCCGUGCUCCCACAUUGGCAUCCACAGGGACAAACCACCUGCUUCUCCUGGGAGAAGGGUCAGAGCAAAGUUAGGUUCCAUCCUGCCUCUCGAGUGAAGAGCUUUUUGUAUUUAGCAAAAUGUACAGGAAAAGCAAUACAUCCCCAGCAAGCACUCUUUCCAAAAUAGUUUGUCCCCACUGAAAGCGGCUGUUUUCCCAGCUUUCUGUGGCAAUUGGGUUUGGUGAUAUUUUUGUUGUUAAGACAUUUUAUAGCUUAAAUAUUAAAGGUCUCCAGUGAAGGCCUUUGCAAUAUAUUUCAAUGACACACUUGAUUUGGGGAACUGCGCAAAUCAACCUCAUAGGGUUCCUCGCUCAGUUUUAAAUGUCUGCACAUUCUAAAAUGAUUUCUGAUGACAGUUAUCCUUUCUAGUAUCAGCUUCUAAUCAGGAUAAUUGUAUUCUGACAAAGCAAGAACUAUGAACAGUACAAGGAGAACCAUUUGUGUCGGGUAGCUUUGAAAAGACUUUUAAUAACUGUCCAGGCAAAAGUAGCGUGAUUUACAGGUCAAGUCCCAGCUUCAGAAAUCUGUGCUCUACAUUUUCUGCCAGGUAUAAAAACUUCAUCAGGCAAUUUCCCUCCUCCAAGGGCUGUAGUUCUAUUGAUAAAUAGCUUCAGCUAUACAGGUUGGUACCCACCAGCCAGCAGGAUUUUUUGGUUUUUGGGGUUGUUGCUUUUUUGUUGUUGUUUUUUAUAUACCAACUGGAACAUUUUUAAAUCUGUACUGUAUGCACUUCCUACUUCUCAUUGCCUGUAAUCAUCCAGAGUAAAACCAGGUUUCCUGAUGCACGCCAGCAUUAGUAACUGGCCAGGGCAAAGAACCCUAACAAUGGCAAACAAGCAUGACCCCCCAGGCGCUGGCCCCCCAGAGCCUAGUUGGCAGGUCGUAAGGGAGUCACUCAAGUUAAGUAUACAUGUGGCUUAGAUCCGUCUGCUCUUGUAGGAGCCGGUCCUUUUUCCACUGAGAAGCAUCUUACAGGUUUUACAGGGAGAAUUCACUGAUCUAACAAGCAAGGGAGGCUUCCUGACUGACAUCUUAAUUUAAAUUUAGCACAGCACUAAGUGAGUUGUACCUCUCUAACAGCAUAAGAAAGAUGUGGGGGAAUGAGUUCUUCCCCCUCGCUCCCUGUAAAUGGAAAGCAUACUGAGAUGGUAAGGUAAUGGAGAAAACCUGCCACCAUUACAGCGUUUCCCUCUUUUUUGACAUAGCGAUAUUUUUUAGAAGAGAUGCAAAGCACAAAUGAACACAUCCCUGAUCUGGCCCAAGAACUGGGACGUAUUUGGCACUUGUGCUGGAGGAUGUAACCAGUCCUCCUCGGUAAGUUUCCGAGGUGUGUUUCCUGCAUAGCAGAAAGUGGUUUGAGACUGAAGGAAAUGGGAUAUCCUUAGGCACAGAAAAGCCACCACCCAUCUCAUAGGCCAGUUUAGCUUCUUGCAAAGCACAGUGUAUGGUAAGCUAUCAGAAGAAGAAAGAGAGAUUGUGGAUCCUAAAGCUUCCCUGUGGUUUCCUAAGCAGUGCAAGCUUUGCUUUCACAUUUGAAGUGGUUCAUCUUGCAGCUAGGGAGGUGGGGUGUGUGUUUGGGAACACCUCGCGCGCGCACGCGCGCGCGCGCACACACACACACACACACACACACUGGGGAGAGCCAAUUGUCUCCUUGAAAUGUAAAAGCUGAUGACAAGGGAGUUGGCCUAUUAGGGGUUUUCAGAGAGCCCCUUAUAUUCCAAUCUCAAGGUUACAUAAAUAAAAACGAGCACUUUUAAAUAUCACUUUAGAGAUUAAAAGGGAAACAAGAUAAGUGAGGGGAGGGGAGGGCUUUCAAAAUGCUUCCGUGUUUACAAACAAGGGUUGUAGGUGAUUAGAAAGGCCAUGUUCACCAUGGUUGAAAUUUGGAACAGCUCAUGCGAAGACUGUGUUCGCUUUCAUGCAACUUGUUUAAUGUCAGACUGCCAUUCGAGUCUGGACUGGAAAUGGAACUCUGCACUUUGAGAUCAGCUCAUUAGAAUGAUAACGUGUAUAUGGAGAAAGAUGCAGUAUUCCUUAGUCGGUGUGCUUUGUUUACUAUGUGUACCAAAGCUUCAAUUGAAUAAAUCUGGUGAGGGGAGGCCUUCGGUUGUACUCACAUGCCGUGGCUUUGUUGUAGUGACUGCCUAGAAACGUUGCUGAGAUAUUGUCAGGAGGUUGUCCAGUCGCUUGUGUAGUGAGGAUUCUUAGAAUUAAAGCAGUGUUAAUACCAGCACACAUACAGUCUGCAUAGAAAGGAUCCAAUGUGAGCUAACGUUGGUGAACUACAUAGGCCCAGGAAGCCUUAAUACUCAUAGUUCACAUCAGAGUUUAUUCUUUACCAUUGCCUGUAAGUUUAUCACAUAAGUGUAGGCCACCAGCCAGCUCUCUAUCUCUUUCCUUUUCCUGAGGUUGUGUAUCCCACAGAAAUGUUUUCAGAUUAACUCGGCUCAGUUAAGGAAAGAGGUUUGGCCGGCCAUGUCUUCCAUAUUCCAUGUCUACUUGUUCCCACACUGCCUUUCACUUAUCUGGACAGACACCCUCAACACAUGCACCUGUGUGCACACAUCUGUAUAUGCAGCAGCCAGCAGGCAAAUAAAUAUCAGCAAAGACCCUUUUUUAAGGAAAUAAUUUGUAAUAAUCCAUCCUAUGUAGAAAUGUAAGUUAUUACCCGACUAGAGAAUCAGCUUAGAAUACUAUGUAACUUUGCCUGCGUUUUAUAGUUAAGAGAUGUAUAUAAAAAAUUUAAAAUGCUAUAUUUUCACAAUUUCAUUAUAGAGUAAUGUCUGUUUAGCAACCCAUGCCCAUUGGUAUUUUAAAUAUGCUAAAUAUUGAACAAUUGCAAUAGAAAUUCAGAUUUUCAUAAGAAAAUAAAACAGAGGGAUACUGCAUCUUUAAAAAACAGAGUGACGCUAUUUUACUGUAUUCGUAACAUAUGUGAUAGUGGAAAAGUAUUUUCAAACAUGCAAAUUUUACAGAGGUUGUAAAUAGUUUGAUGACGUAUGUUGGGGGAAAGCUUCUAGUUUUCAUCACAAUAAAAAAAAAAAAAAAAACCACUUGUUCAGAUAUGCCUUGUGUAUGGAUGAUACACACAAUUAGCAAUGUUGCCAUGGGAACUGGUCCCACUUGUUGAUGUUCUUGGUGCUUGGUUAGAGCUGAGUGGCCACUUGUCAUGGUGUAGCUAGAAUGAUUUGAAACUCAAAUGAAGUCAUGUUUUCUAACUUGUCAUGUCUUUCUCUUGGGACUGAAACAAUGAGGACUUACUUGUUCUAGAAAGAUUCAUCUAGCAAUCAUUCUCCCCGCUCGCUUACCUUCUUCCUCAGCAAGAUGGUUUUCGAUUUAGAAAACAAAAUGAAAUACAGGUAUUUAUUUCUUGUUUAGGUUCCAGAGGGAUUGUUCUCUGGUCUAGGUGUCGAUUGAUGAGGUUAAGUGUAUGGAUAUGGCCACAUAGUAACAGAUUCUGCAGUGGCAACAGGAAAAAGGUAAUGCCCAUUUUUUUCAGAAAUGAAUUAAAUGCUGAAAGUGCCUAUCAAUGAAUGUGACCAAUGAGAUAAUCCUAUACUUUCACACAGCAAUAAUUAUUUAUCAUACAUGGCUUUUCCUACACAGUUUGAGAGCUCUCUCUCUCUCUCUCUCUCUCUCUCUCUCUCUCUCUCUCACACACACACACACACACACACACACACACACAGGGGGGGGAAGAAAUGCACAUAGGAAAUUAAAUCUGUUCACGCAAACCCACAGAAGAGGGCUUUCAUCACUUUGAAGUAUAACGAAUCUUAUUUGCAAUUUACUAUCUCUUCAUUCCGUCUUUCUUACUUGAAUAUAAGCAGGCGAUAUAUAUGGAGAUUAAGGUUAUCUUUAGCGUACGUGACAAUUAUAAUGUUCAGAUAAAAAGUUUGACUGUGAUGGACCUCAAACUUAUGACAGAGCACGUAUAGUUCAGACAGGCUUGCUCUGCUAAAAACACUGACGUACUUAGAACAGAUUCGUAAGGGAUUUUUUUGGUGUGUCUGCUUUAUUUUACCCACUUAGCUCAGUGCACAAGUCCAUCUUUAUGUGCUUCAUUAUCUUUUCACCUGACAUGUACCCUUGUAUCAUCAAGGAGCAUUUAGAGAUGCACAUUGACAAAUUAUCCCUCUCCCCCUACCCCCCCCAAAAAAAAAAGUCCUCGGAUACUUGUGAAGGCCUUCAGACAGGCAUUUAGUUCAUCCUAACAGUUACCUCACAAUGUACAAUCAGAAGCCUAUAAGCUCUUUUUUAAAAUGAUUUUAUAACUACAAGUAGAGUCGGGGGUAGAAAAGAGACUGCGUAUAGACAUGAACCCAUCCUGUUCUCCAGCCUUGCUCACUCAAAGCAUGAGUCCACCCAGACAAGCUGCUGAGGCUACGAGAAAAGGUGCACUCUUCCAGAGCCAAACGCUCGGUGAGAACAGUUCUUAAAGAAUGGCAGUGAAUACACAGUCAGGUUUUAGACCGUGGAUGGUACUAGAGCAGGAGAGCAGCCUCCAGGCCCCAUACUCAGGUUAGGAAAACCAUCUACUGUUCACCCUACUCUGUUUUAAAAAUGGAGGGUGAAUGCAAAUGCAUCAGGAGGUAGAUGGGAAAACCAAACAGGUACCACGUCAAAGCACAGCUACUGCGGUCCCUGGUCUCACUGAACUCAAACCGUCUGACUUCCUUCUUUCCCCAUGUUGUCUGAAUGUGCUAAAGUAUCCCUUAAAGUUCAAAACUCAGUGCACGGGGAAAAUCCAUAGCUACUCCUAAUUAAUUCCCUGUGCUGACCGCUGCACUAAGAAUUCUAACAUUACCGUCCAUCUCUACAACCAUUAUCCAGUUCAUGGAUGAGAAGCUGAGGCACAACAGGAAUGGCUGAGAUGUCCACGGGUACAGACUAAGUGGGUAGAGUGGGAAUACAUAACCUCCUGGCUCUUAAGCCUGUAUUCUUUCUGUUGUAGGCACACCCUUGUUCCCUAUUCCUGGCAGCCACAUUCCCAGUCUCUUACUCAGUUUAGUUCUGAGGGCCCUGCAGGGAUAAAUAAAAGGACAUCACCUAGCACAUGGUAUGCCUACAGCAGAGAGGAUUUUAGAUCAGAAUCUUCCUGGAAAGUCACUGAUGGGUGGUCAUUCUGGACAAACAUUGAACCAGAGAUCUCCCUAAACUUGGCACUUUCUUUCAUAGGUUUGCCCAGAGCCUCUAAGAUUUUCAAAACCUUUCUUACUUCCCACUACAAUUUAGUCCCGGUUCGUUUUCCUCAAUGUACAUAUUUCCGUUUCCCUAACAGAUAUGCUCUAAUCUGUGAAAGGGCAUCUGAGACCCUCACCUGAGUAGAGCCACUUCUUAACUGCAGAGGCCACUCUUACAGGUGUCCGUGAGUAAUGACGUCAGCAUGCAGACCAGUGGACAGGUCCACUUCCAGGCCUCACUUAACAGCACUGCCUCGGAAUGUUUUAAAUAGUCUCAUAAAUAAUUUGCUUACAGUAUUGUUAGUUUGAGUUUUAUGUGAAGAGCUGUCUAACAUCAGAGAAAUGAAAUCCCUCCUUGUCUGCAUAGAAGGUCCCUGACAGUAUUGAUUCAUGGACCCGCUAAUGGACUUUGAAAACAUUAACAAUGCCAUUUCUCAGAGUGUUUCAGUUUGUGAAAAUGAAUCUUCUGAAUUAUGAUAUUUCUCCCUGUUAGUUGGCUGGGGGAAGAGAUAAAAGCUGUAUAAACAACUUCUCUUCCAUGCUGAAAGCAAGGGUCUGUGUCCACGGCCUCCUUGUAAUGGGGACUCUUGUCGCUUAAUUGAGUUUCAACAGUUAUUUCUCAGAUGACAAAGCCACCACCCUAAGUGGGUUGACAAGUGGGAAGGGUCACAUCCAUAGCCGUUUUUUUCCCCCCCGAAUUUCAUCUCUAGAAAUGUGAAGUGUUUCAGUGACGCUAGUUAUGAAUUAUUCCUUUUUCAAAUGCAGGUGUAGCCAAGUCCUUGACAGAGAUUAAUCUUUGUUGAGAAAUGAGGGUUCAUAAGAGAGAAUUCCUCUCCAAUUCUACUACUAAAAGUGUCCAGUCAAUCAAAAACGAAGAUAUUUUAGGAAUAUUUUGACAUCUCCCUUUUAUGCUCAUUUUGUUCUCUAAAAAUACAACAUAAAACAUGACAGAUGUUUUUUUUUUUUUUCCCCCAACUCAUGUUUCUAGCUUCCUUGUGGCAGGAUUUUGUGAUUGUAUCCAGACCAUAGAAUAUAUUUUGUUCCUCAAAUUACUACAUUCAGUAGGUACUGUUGAACCAGGCACUGGUGCCUACAUGCAAGGCUCUUUCCUAUCAACUUGUGUGUGUGCAACUUGUUGUGUUUGAAGGUUCAUCUUUGAAAGCCACUGUCUCCCGCCAUGGAAUGGCGGUUGUAUUGUUUUGUCCAUGUCUAUGUGGGACACAUUACAUCCCAUGGCAAAGCAACUAUAAAUGGAUGUGAGAUAACGAAUUAACAAAACCAACUUGAAAACAUUGUCUUCUGUAUUACAUCAUCCUGCCUCAUAAUGCUAUUAUGUGUAUCAUGAUCACCUUUUACAAAGAGAAACCAGCAAAUUCAUGUUUGUCCAUAGAAGGGUGUACUAGGAAUUGUCUGUGUUGUGAAACUAUGAGAACAGACCACCUUUAAUAUCUCCACCUGCCACUUAAAAUGACUUAGUUAUAAUUAGUAGUAGUCUAGACGUUGCUCUUGGUGUGUGGGGGUCAGUACAGACGUCAUAAUCCUUUGAAUAAGUCUCCCAGUCAUAUCUGAAAAAAAAAAAACACAUGAGAAUAAAGAAAAACAUCAUCUUUGUCCAAAUCAAGCAGACAUCUCUUUGCUUUUCCUCAAUACUGAGCUCAUUACACAUGGUGAUUGGAUCACAAGAUCUUUCUGUGUAAAAAUACAAAAAAAUGUCGUUUACUUAUUCUAGGCUGGAAACCUCUGCACAGGAAAGUGAAUAGAUGAGCUGCUUCUGGUUCAUAUUUAUGGAUGUAAUCUUACAAAAAGACUCUUGGCCAUAUGACCCAGAGAGUUAGAGUGCCCAGAGGAAAGCCUACAUAUUAAAGGAAAAAUUCCCCCGAAGAGGCUGGCAAGCAAAUGUGUUGAGUUCUUAAAUCUUUGUUCGGUUUUUCUGUUCAGAGUUUUAAUUGCAAAUGAAUUUAUUUCUUCAGCUUAAAGAUCUAAUUUCCUAAUAGUUUUCUCCGCAUUUAUAUACUCUGUAGUGUUUAGGCAGCUCCUGUUAUAAGUUUAUUAAUAUUAUGUAAGUGUUGUUCUUGUAUUUAUGUAUAGUGUAUGUAUUGUAAAUAUACUCAGAGCUUUUCCUUUUUACUGUAAAAUGGUGAUUUUUUUUUUGCCCUAUGAUAAUGAAAAGGGAGACUCUCCUAAUGAGGUUCUCUCAGAAGAUUAUUCCAGUCUAUUCUCAGAGAUUUAAAUGAACAAGUGUUAUCGUUUUCCAUGGUGUCUCAGACAUAUUCUGUUGGUGCAUCGCUUUUCUGUAUUCAACUUUCCUAUGAAUUGAGCUGUGAACUGAAAUAGAGUUUAAACCUUUAUCUGUAUGCAUUUGUAUAAUUAUCUGAAUGAAGGCAUGAAGGUUAAAUAAAGCAUUUUGUAUGGAA